AUGUUAACAUCAGAUUUUGACAACGAAUAUGCGUUUUACUUGGAGAUACUCGUAUUUGUUUUGUCAUCACUCGGAUCCGCCUUCUUCAUGUAUAUGAUAAUGAAAAAGACAGAACAGCUGAUGGAGGUGUACAAAACUAUAUUGAUGUACAGUAGUAUCUACGAUUGGGUCGUUACUUUCACUUCGUUUUUUACUCGGCCGGUAAGUUUGUUUGAGUGAUUUUUUCCGUAUUUUACAUUAUUUAAAUUUUUUUUUAUUUUCUUUAAAAAAUUUCAAAAAUUUAAUUUUUGACUAAUUUUUUAGUUUGAUGCGUAAAGAAUGGCGUGUAGAGACAAAAAGGAAAAUUACUGCCUAAUGUGCCAUUCUUUUCGCAGCAAAAUUUAAAUCCUUUUUUCAAUUUUAAAAAAUUUAUAAAAAUUUCAAAAAUUCAAAAUUUUAGAUAUUCUUCAUCGACCAAGGUAACUGUUACCUUAUAUCCAACUACUUUAUGCAAAUGUUGUCGGAUCAAAUGCAAUUCUUCUUCUUCUUCACUUACAUAUUCGCUUUUCAUUCACUGCCAGCUGUAGUUGCCUUGUCUUAUUAUUAUCGUUAUUUGGUAGUUUGCAAGUAAGUUAAAGUUAUUUAUGUCUAGGUAGUUUAAAAUUUUGUUUAAUCUUGAUUUUUGAAGUAAAAGUACAAAAAAAUGCUUACAUUUCCGCUUAAUACUUUUUUUGUACAAAAAAACAAAAAAUUUUUAUUAUAAGACUUUAAUUUGCGUGGUAUGUUGUAUUAUUCAAUGCUUUUCCAUAUAGUAAUUUGAAACUUUAUAAAAUUGAUGAAUAGACAAAAUUAAGAGUAAAUACUACUAUAAUAUAAAGACUAUUAUUAUAUUUUCAACAUUUUUUUGAAAAUGCAAACUAGAGAAUAGAAAAAAUUAAAUGAGAGUUCUAGUGCACAUGUUAUACACUGUCAAAGAUACGUUACAAUAGAGUAAUUCAAUACCCUAUCCUACCUUAUCGUACUCUGCCGUACCCUAACAUACUUUACAAUACUCUACCCUCACCUCCCCCACCGUAAAAAAUGUGAUACUCUAAGUUCGUAAAUACCCUUUUACCUUACUGUAAUCCUACUGUGUGUAGCAUUAUAAGUAAACUUUUUCAGAGAAAAAAUCAUGACGACGUUUCAAUUUUGUAUCUUUGCAAUAUUUGCUAAUCUGGGUGCAGUUCUUAUGAUUGUACUAAAUUCCAACUGGUUUUUGCCUCGUUAUGGUGCAUUUAACCAAGAGUUCACUAGUAGGUUAAGCACGAUUCAAAACAGUUUCUUAUUGGACAACAAAGACAAGAUAUUUGGCAUUGGAGACAGUGUAGGUUUACCUUUACAAUGAGGUCUAUAGAUGACUAUUCAGUAUCUAUUUAGCAAUUCAUUGUAGAUUAACUUAAUCAUUUUUUGUUACAGGGUGACCCCGCUGGUCUUCAUUACUACGGUAUUGGCCUUGUAGUGACCAUAACCGCCUACAUAUUGAUUGUCAUAUAUAUUAGGAAAGUGGUAAACACAUUCCGAAUCCGAGAUCACAAAACACGAUGGCAUUCAGUCAAUAAACAAAUCGCCAAGUCAUUGAUUGUACAGGUGGGUCCAUAUCAAGGUUUUUAAUCAUUUUUGACCCAAAAUGCAAUUUUAACCCUUUUCGAUACAAAAAGAAUAUACCUAUACCUAUAUACCACUUCAUCUUAAUAAGCGUAAGAUUUACACCCUACAUGCCAAGAUAUCCUGCCUGAUAUUAUAGUAAUGUUACAGCCAAUCAAAAUUAACCUCUUAAAUUCCGAAUUUCAGGCCAUUACACCCUCGGUAACGAUGGUGCCAAUGUUCGUGUUGAUGGCGGCGUGUGUAAUGUUACAGCCGUCAGAGGCGUUCGUCACAACCUGUAACUACAUAAUGAAUAUAACACUCACAAUCAUGCCUGUCAUAAACCCAUUCGCUUCGGCCGCAUUCAUAGAUGCCUAUAGGAAAGCGGCGCUACGUGUCGUAUGUUGUUGUUUGGUGACUAGUAAGACCAAGGUGAAGAAAGAGAAACGAGAGAUUUCUACGCAUGUCUCCAGUGCUUGAGUUGUCUCGAGAUGGUAUUCAAGUACUACAACUUUGGCUCCAUAUUGGCAUGGUACAGCUACACUUACUAUGGUAAUGUAGCCUCAUAG